AUGUCUAGCAAGGGCUGUUCAUCACCAUCGCCACCGAUUGUGAUACGAUCUGUGUGGGCCUAUAACCUAGAACCGGAGUUUCGCUUAAUUCAAUCCAUCAUCGACGAUUACCCUUACGUUUCAAUGGACACGGAGUUUCCGGGCGUCGUUGUUCGCCCGAACCCCGGUUACAACUACAUCUGUCAACAGACCCCUUCCGACCACUACCUCCUCCUCAAAUCUAAUGUUGAUGUCUUGAAACUUAUCCAGGUCGGUCUAACCCUCACCGAUGCGAACGGAAACCUCCCCGAUCUAGGCGAAAACGACUCCCAAACCCGAUUCAUAUGGGAGUUCAACUUCAAGGAUUUUGAUCCGUCACGGGAUCAGUACGCUUCUGACUCGAUCGAGCUGCUGAAACGACAAGGGAUUGAUUUUCAGAAGAAUCACGACUACGGAAUAGACUCGGUCAAAUUCUCUGAGCUGAUGAUGUCGUCGGGGUUGGUCUGUAACGAGCUUGUGAGCUGGGUUACGUUUCACAGUGCUUACGAUUUCGGGUACUUGGUUAAGAUCUUGACUGGGCGAGGUUUACCCGAUGAAAUGACGUUGUUUAUGGAGCUUUUGAAAACUUUCUUUGGGGAUAAGGUGUAUGAUGUUAAACACCUGAUGAGGUAUUGCGAAGGUCUUUAUGGUGGUUUGGAUCGGGUGGCUAAGACCCUCGAGGUGGAGAGGGCAGUCGGUAAAUCUCAUCAAGCCGGGUCAGAUAGCUUACUGACAUGGCACACCUUUCAGAAGAUUAGGGAUCUUUGCAGCGGUGGACAUGAGAAAUAUGCUGGCGUUCUUUAUGGGGCCUUAAGUCUGAAUUCUGAAAGCUUGAAUGGUGACAUUUUGCAACAGGGGAGGAAGAUGAUUUAGAAGAGCUCUGCUGAAAAUCUUCAUCACUGUUUUAUUUGGCAUUCAAGAAGGAAUGAAUCUGCCUGUUUGCGUCUGAAUGGUUGUGGUAUUUUACUUUUCAUUUUAGAAUUGGACAACAUCAAAUCAUGCUCUUAAAAUUGUGUAUAGCAAGAAUAAAUAAAUUGAAAUUUUUAAAAUUUGUACAAGGUUAAUGGAAAGAAAAAAAAAAAGAAACAAUUCCUAUGGUCUUUAACAUAUAACAAAAUAGCAUCAUACAGUCG